AAAGAACGUAUCCGUACGAAAAAUGUAGAAAACCGGGAUUAUAUAAGUUUAGUUAACGUUACGGCAACUAAAUCAAUGGAAAUAUUUAUAAAUUAACGGAGAAAAAGGAAAAAAUAACGAGAAAGAAGUUAUCGAGCAACGCCCACUGUGACAAGUGUCACGUUUGAUUAUGAGUAAAAAUUGUCGUGUUUGGUGACGAAACGGAGCAAUUUACGUAAAAAUAACGUCAGAAUUAUUCAUUCAGCAAUGACUAAUGAUUUUGAUUAAAAGUUACGAGCGAUUGGUUUAAUAUAACAAUAAUUCGACAAACAUUCAAGCGUCACAUCCUGCUCUUACAUAUUUUCCACUAGUUUCUUAAUAGAAUAUUUCAAUCGAGAAUUACACCAACAUAAACACUCCUCUUCCUUCUUUAACAUGGUGGAAAAAGAUUUGAACAGUGAAGCAAAUGCUCAAAGAAUUGCAACUGUGGAGUACUGUUUUGGCAGCUCUGGCGAGCCACUUGCCAUUCAGGGUCGUGUGUUGGUCGGCGAUGGAGUUUUAACCAAGAUGUGCCGAAAAAAGCCAAAACCCCGUCAAUUUUUUUUAUUUAACGAUAUACUAGUAUAUGGCAAUAUUAUUAUACCAAAGAAAAAGUACAACAAGCAGCAUAUUAUUCCUUUGGAAGCAGUAAAAUUGGAGAACUUAGAAGAUGAGGGAGCUGUAAAGAAUGGAUGGUUAAUUAGAACCCCAACAAAAUCGUUUGCUGUUUAUGCAGCAACUGCUAGUGAAAAAACAGAAUGGAUGGCCCAUAUUAACAAAUGUGUUGAAGAUUUAAUAAGAAAGACUGGAAAAAAACCUUCAAAAGAACAUGCUGCUGUUUGGGUGCCAGAUUCAGAAGCAUCAGUUUGUAUGCACUGUAGAAAAUCUCAAUUUACUAUUAUUAAUCGUAAACAUCAUUGUAGAAAAUGUGGUGCAGUAGUUUGUAAUCCAUGCUCGAGCAAAAAGUUUCUCCUACCUACACAAUCUUCUAAACCUCUUCGAGUUUGCCUUCAUUGCUAUGACACACUCAGCAAGUCGAAAUCCGAUGCUCAACAAAUCGAAAAAGUGGAUGCCGCAAAAGUUCCACCAGUAAAUGUUACAGUCGAUUCUUCUGGAGACGAAGAUUCCGACGAAGGUGACGAAGAAGAACAAGAAAAACAAAUGACCAUCGAAGACGAAGAGGAUGCCACCAAAGAUAUGGAGGAACUUCACAUUCAAGAAAAGGUUAGAUAUUUAAUACUAAACAAUUAUUGAUUUAUUAAUGUGUUU